AUGCCGUUGCCGGAGCUUCCUCUUUUUCUUCUCUUUCAGGCUGUGGGCUCUGUGUUGAAAUCACCCCCAGCGGAUUCAAGUGUUUGUUUACUUGACUGACAGCCAUUGACAGCAUGGAGGCUUCUUUAGGUUCUUUCCGCAACCCUAUUAAAUUUAAGGAUCAGGACUUUAACAGUCUCCUGGAGAAGUGUCUCAAGUCCGGCGAGAUGUUCUCUGAUCAGAGCUUUCCAGCCGAGCAGAAGUCUAUCGGUAUGGCAGAGGAUGACGACCCCAGGAAGGCCAUCAAGUGGAAGAGACCAAAGGACAUCAGUGAGAAUGCCGUGUUUGUGGAGGGCACCAUCGGCACCACUGACAUCUGCCAAGGUCAGCUAGGUAACUGUUGGCUGCUGGCGGCGCUGUCCUGUCUCACCAUGCACCACAAACUCUUUGUCAAGGUGGUGCCGCCCAACCAAAGCCUGUCCAACUCUUAUGCUGGCAUCUUUCAUUUCAGGUUCUGGCAGUAUGGCGAGUGGGUGGAGGUGGUUGUGGAUGACAGGCUGCCAGUGCGAGAAGGCCGCCUGCUAUUCAGCUACUCUCACACCCGCAACGAGUACUGGAGCGCCCUGGUGGAGAAGGCCUACGCCAAGUUAAUGGGAUCGUACGGGUGUCUGAGGGGCGGCAACAUUUCGGAGGGGAUGGAAGAUUUCACGGGUGGCAUCGCGUACUCCCUGCCCGUCUCCUCGCACACCCCUCGCGUCUUCUGGAGGUUACUGACGGCCGCCCUCGCCCGUGGCAGUCUGCUCAGCUGCUUUAUUGAGGCCAAAAACUACAAGGAAGUGAAUAAAAUAAAUGCAGACGGGCUGAUAAAGGGCCACGCCUACGCCAUCACCGACACCGACCAGGUGAGGCAUGAGGGGGAUGAGAUUUUGCUCCUUAGGGUGAGGAAUCCGUGGGGCUUUGUUGAGUACCGUGGGCCCUGGAGUGACAAGAGCAAAGAAUGGGAUGCCAUAUCCAAAGAAGAGAAAGAGAGACUUGAAAUGAAACGUCGGGAGGAUGGAGAGUUCUGGAUGAGCACUGAUGAUUUUUGCAAGAAGUUUGAUUUUGUGGAGCUCUGCAGUAUCAAUCCUGACAGCCUUGUGGAGGGAAAAACUACUGAGGCCCUUAGCCCCACCACCUCCACUUCCAAAUGGACCAUCAACGAGCAUGAAGGGUUGUGGCUGAAAGGGAGCUCUGCCGGCGGAAGCCGAAAAUACAACCGCUCCUUUUGGAAGAACCCUCAAUUUGAGCUGGUUCUCACCGAGCAGGACCAGCCGGAUGAGGAAGAUGAGGAGGACGAGGAAGAUGGCGAUGAGGAUGAGGAGAGCGGCCCCAACGAGGGCAAGAAGACCGAGAAGCAGAAGAUGAAAGGCAAAAAGUGCACGGUGCUGGUGGAAAUCCUGCAGAAAGACCGCAGGUGCAAGAACAGUGUCCACUUCCUCUACAUGGGCUUCCACAUCUACAAGGUUCCCUUGGAGCUUCAGGGCAUGUGUCUGGACCGUAACUUCUUCAUGAAAAAUCGUCCAGUUGGUCGUUCAGGGAAAUAUAGGGCUCAAAGGGCUGUGUGGAGAAAAGUGCACCUGGACCCGGGUUAUUACGUCCUUGUGGCAUCCACCUAUCGGCCCAACCAGCCCGGAGAGUUUUUUGUCCGCAUCUUCUCCAAGACUGCCAACAGUUUGGGGACUCCGGAUUUCACAUGCACUUCAACUUAUCUCCCAGUGAUGGCCGCUCCUGUUGCACCGGAGGAUAAAAUGAGAGUUCUGAGGACUUUUGAUGAAGAGGCUGGACCAGACAACAGGCUGAACCCCAGGGAGCUGAUGACGCUUUUCAACGCAGUCCUGGACAAAGAUUAUCACCUGCCGCUGGACACAUGCAGGCAGCUCAUUUUUGGAGAGGAUAUCAAAGGACGAGCCAGCCUCAACCGUCAGCAAACAGAGGCCUUGCUGUCUGAUCUACGCCACUUGCAGGCUAUCUUUUUCCAAUUUGAUGAGGACUCUUCUGGCACCAUGAGUCCUUUUGAACUCAGUGCCGCUCUGCAAGCCGUGGGGAUGAAGUGUGAUGCGAAAGUAGUCCAGCUGCUGUAUGAGCGCUUCUCAUCUGGAGACCUUCACCUGCCCUUCCACAACUUUGUGGCCGGCGUCACCCGACUGCGCAAGCUUUUUGCGCUGUAUGAAUCAGAGAACAGCUGCGAACUGAAAGACAGAGGCAUCAAUGCUUGGCUCAUUCGGUUUCUGCUGCUGUGACGAGCAUCUCCGUGUGGACCAAGCGGAGCGUCAUUGAUUUGACACACUGACACUAUCACGUACGCGCAUGCACUCACGCAAAUCUUUUUCCAACAUUUCCUAUGUCCUGCGCCUCCAGAAAACUUUAAGUAGGUUCUUAAACCCCCCUGAAACUUACUACAGUAGAUAGAAAAAGUCUACACACCCUUGUUAAAAUGCCAGGUUUUUGUAAAAAACAACAACCUAACAUACAAAAAAAAAAGACUCCAAGAUAGAUCAUUUCAAACCUUUUUCCCCCCAUUAAUGUGACUUUUAGUCUGAGAAAUAUUUUAGAUGGAGCUGAGUUCAGCACGUGUUUCCACAAGUGUGCUCUGUUCAGAAUUAAACAAUCUCAAGUGGGAGUCAGCACAAAACUAUCACCGUUUUAAGCGCCUGUGAUUUACCCCAACUAAAGUCUAGAUGCUGUAGUGGGCUUUUCCUGACAUUUUUGGCUCUCUAGCAGAAGGCUAUCCAAACCAAUCAGAGACACUUUAAAUGGUCGCAGAUGUCUGUAGACUCCCAUUUAUUUUGCAUUUGAAUGUUGAUUAGUUAAUUU